GUAUGGUGUACCGGCAGACCGAGAAACGUCAUCAACCUGUCGCAUUCACAUAAAAUUUCACACCACACUUUCUUUUCUCAGUCUGAUCCGAGUUUCGUUUAGAUUGCAACAUCUGGUGCAGUCUUUUUUAUCUUGUUUCUGUUAUACAGUUUGAUAAUUUCGAUAGGAGCGGCCAAAUCACUUCGAAUUGUGAUUGCCUUUCUAUUUUAGUAAGAACACGUAAUUCGUCGACGAUGGCAGAUUCAGCAGGGGAUCAGAUCGUCAAGCUGAAAACGUUGGGUCUCAGUGAGCAAAAAGCGAAGGAAACGUUAAAGAAUGCUGCCCUCAGUAAGACGAUUUUGGCGGCUCUUUCGUUCGUUCCGGCGGAUCACGCCUUUGCCGAAGGGGAAGGUCUUCUGAUCUACCAGGCUUGCACCAAGAUCAAACAGCAAUCCAUGGAACAUCUGGAGUUUUUGGUGCGAAACAUUCUGCAACGGAAACUGGACACCGGAAUUCGAGUAGAUGCUGCUUUGGAGUUUCUGCUGCACAACGGAACUAACAAAACCGUUAAUGUGCUCGAAUUUGAGAAGGCUUGCGGUGUGGGAAUUGUGGUCACGCCGGAGGAAAUCGAUCGCGCCGUAGAAGCGGUGAUUGCUCAGAACAAAGAAACGAUCGUUGCCCAGAGAUAUCGCUUCAAUGUUGGAAAGCUUCUAGCGGAACUGCGUGGCAAACUGCCAUGGGCCGAUGGCAAAGCCGUGAAAAACGAAGUGGAUGUUCAGAUGUUUGAUCUACUCGGUCCUAAAACGGAGGCCGAUUUGGCUCCUCCGCCAAAAGCUGAAAAGAAGCCAAAAGGAGAGAAGACAGUCGCUGAAAAGUCCGUUAAAACAGCGUCAAAGGAACUACCUUCCGGUUCCGAAUCGGUAUCCGAUGGCGCGAAAUCCAUUGCCGAGUUGAUGAAGUCGGUUCAUUUCCACGCCCCUGGUGAGAACCAUAAAACUGAUGGCUAUGUGGUAACCGAUCAGACCGAUCGUCUGUUGACGGAACACCUUAAGCGAACCGGGGGAGCCGUUCGCACUCGAUUCCCCCCAGAACCGAACGGAAUUUUACACAUUGGCCACGCGAAGGCCAUCAACAUUAAUUUUGGAUACGCCAAGUCGAAGUAUGGCAUCUGUUUCUUGCGUUACGACGAUACAAACCCGGAGAAAGAAGAGGAGAAAUUCUUCAUCGGGAUCAAGGACAUGGUCGAAUGGUUGGGUUAUGAACCCUACCAGAUCACCCACUCUUCGGACUACUUCCAGCAGCUGUACGAUUGGGCUGUACAACUAAUCAAAAAUGGCCUAGCCUACGUGUGCCAUCAAACCGCGGACGAAAUGAAGGGAUUCAAUCCGGAACCGUCCAAGUGGCGUGAUCGUCCCAUUGAAGAGAACCUGCAACUGUUUGAGGAUAUGAAAAACGGGAAGAUGGACGAAGGCGCGGCCACGCUCCGUAUGAAGAUCACUUUGGAAGAGGGCAAAAUGGAUCCGGUGGCAUACCGGAUCAAGUUCAUUCCCCAUCAUCGAACGGGAAGUGACUGGUGCAUUUAUCCAACCUAUGACUAUACGCAUUGCCUGUGCGACAGUAUCGAAGAUAUUACGCAUUCGCUGUGCACCAAGGAGUUCCAGUCUCGGAGGUCCUCCUACUAUUGGCUUUGCAAUGCGCUGGGAAUUUACUGCCCGGUACAGUGGGAAUACGGGCGCCUGAAUGUGAACUAUACGGUCGUCUCCAAGAGAAAGAUUGGCAAGUUGAUCACUGAAGGAAUCGUGGAAGACUGGGAUGACCCUAGGCUGUUCACUUUGACCGCCUUACGGCGUCGCGGUUUUCCAUCGGAAGCCAUUAACAACUUCUGUGCGCAAAUGGGUGUCACCGGCGCUCAAAGCUCCGUAGAUCCAUCCGCCUUAGAGGCUAGCGUACGGGAUGUCCUGAACAUCACGGCUCCACGGGCCUUAGUCGUAUUGGAACCCUUGAAGAUCACCGUCACGAACUUCCCGCACAGAGAACCGCUGGAAAUUCAAGUUCCUAACUAUCCCAGCAAUCCUGAGAAGGGAUCUCAUUCCAUUUGGCUCGAUAAGGUUCUCUACAUUGAACGGUCCGAUUUCUCCGAAAGCCCAGAGAAAGGGUUCCGUCGCCUAACGCCGUCCCAGUCGGUUGGUUUGCGAUAUGCUGGAUUUGUUAUAAAGGUAGCUGAAGUUAUCAAAGACGAAAACGGGGCUUUGAAGGAAUUAUACUGCGUGUGUGACAGCAGUGAAACAACCGAAAAACCGAAGGCCUUUAUUCAAUGGGUAUCUCGGCCGAACGAGAUUGAAGUCCGCUUGUACGAAAAGUUAUUCAAACAUAAGAACCCCGAAGACGCCAAUGAAGUACCCGGAGGAUUUUUGAGUGACUGUAACCUCGAUUCACUGAAAGUCAUCACAGCUUACGCCGAUGCCUCUGUCUUGAAUGCUAACGUUUAUGAUAAAUAUCAGUUCGAAAGAAUUGGAUACUUCUCGGCCGAUCCGGACACACGUGAAGGACAUCUAGUGUUCAACAGAACAGUAACUUUGAAGGAAGACGCCGGCAAAAAUUAAUCGUUUUACUUGUUCAUUUAUUGCCUUGGUUCAAAUAAAGUAAAGUAUAUUCGGCAGCAACCAUAAAA